UUGAUACGGUGACGAACUCCGCGUUGACCAGCUUACAACAGUCAGUCUUCAGAGCUGCUCUAGAAAAUAACUUUUAUUUUCCGCUGUUGUUUGUCCAUUCUGCGCUCUUCUCCUUUGAGUAAAACAGACAUUUUUUAAUACGGUUCCGGUCUAAUUUAGCCACCUAACAGGCCGGGUUAGACGUGUCGCGCUAUAUCCCCACCACCUUUGGUGGAUUAUUUUUUUUUAAUUGAAUUUAAAUUUUUCCUACCCCAAGGUUAAAUAUUUUAGUAUAUGAGAGAUUGUUAAGGUCAGGCAAAGCACACAUUGCCGGACUUUUUCCUCGAACAAGUCGACGGAAUGUGAGAAAAGGUACGAAGUGAUUUAUAUUAAUCUUUGCAACUAUACCAGAUAUGCAGUGAGGUGCCCUGGUUUCUGCUACAGCCUGCUGUCACCGAGCUGAGAGGAGAAGUCGUGCGUAGUGUUGUUUUAUUUUUUUAUUUUUUAUUUUUUCAUUAUUGUUUUGUUUUUUAAGCCGAGCAUUCACGUUUUAACAAUGAGCCCAGUGUGCUGACAGAAGGACUGGGGUGGGAGAGGGGCUACAACGCCAGACUUGUUUUCUGCUGAGACUUUAACCAGAGCACAAAGUUGGAUAACUUUCCUGUAUCUCACUAUUACAGGGUUUACAUCCAGACAGGUAAACGUGCUCGAUACAGAAAAAGUGAACUGAUAGCCUCAUUUGGCACAAGUGUGAGGCUUUUCUGAACUGGAGUCCACUUUAAAUGCGGACUGGUUUGCGAUCAGUGAGUGCACAGCCGAGCUGCCAGUGCCACUUGGCUUUUAAUCCGAGUCCAUUCAUUUUUUACCACCUAAUAACAUCAUGGAGGUGAUGUUCAGGAGCAUUCUCCUGCUGGGUUGCAUCCUCCUGGACUGGACUCUGCUUGCUGCUGCAGAAGAAGAGGUCCUUAUGAACACCAAGACAGAGACGUCUGAUCUCAAAUGGACCAUCUUUUCACAUGCCAAACCAGAGUGGGAGGAAGUAAGCGGUUUAGAUGAGGAGAACAACAGCGUGAGGACCUAUCAGAUCUGCCAAACAGACAGUUCAUCCAGCCACUGGCUGCGCAGUGGCUUCAUCCAGAGACGAGGAGCGUCUCAGGUUUACGUGGAGCUUCGAUUCACCAUGAUGGAGUGUUCCUCCAGGAACAUUCAUCACCGGAGCUGUAAGGAGACUUUCAACCUUUAUUAUUACCAGGCAGACUCCAAUGAGGCCACAGACACCUACCCACCCUGGAUGGAGAACCCUUACACCAAGGUGGACACAGUGGCUGCAGAUUUUCUACUUAGGAAGGGUGGAGAGCGGAAAUUUAACGUAAAGACACUAAGACUCGGCCCUCUGACCAAGAGAGGCUUCUACUUGGCCUUUCAGGCUCAGGGCGCCUGCAUGGCCCUGCUGUCUCUGAGGGUGUUUUUCAAAAAGUGUCCUCCACUGGUCAGUGCUCUGUCCUCCUUCCCUGAAACUGUUCCCCGUUCCCUAGUGCAAGAAGCACAGGGUUCAUGUGUGGAGCAUGCCGCUCAGCAGGGGCCCCGAUCUCGGCCGCCUAAGCUCUUCUGUGGUGAAGAUGGCCAGUGGGUAGGACAGCCAACGACGUCCUGCACCUGCCUACCUGGAUUUGAACCAGCUGAGGGACAAACACGCUGCACAGCCUGUCCUGUGGGUCAGUUCAAGUCAAACACAGAGGGACAGUGUAGAGGCUGUCCAGGAUUUAGCCACGCCACCAUCAGAGGUGCAUCAGAGUGUGCAUGUCGCUCUGGGUACCUACGUGCAGAAUCGGACACACCCGACACCCCAUGCACCAGAACUCCCUCAGCUCCACGCGGCAUCAUUCCCCAGAUCAACGACACCACACUCAGCCUGGAGUGGAACGAGCCUCUGGACAACGGCGGUAGAAAAGACCUGAGCUACGCUGUCGAGUGCUUUGUAUGCAGGUCACCCAAGGGGUCGUGCCUCCCCUGCGGAGACAGCGUCAGCUACCGUCCAGUUCAGGACAACCUGCUGGGUCGCAGAGUGGAAGUGUGGGGCCUGCUGCCUCACACCACAUACACCUUCACCAUCCAGGCGCUCAAUGGGGUGUCUCAGCUCAGCGGCAAAGAGCCUGCAAGUGAAAGUAUCAACAUCACAACAAGCCAUGAUGUGCCGUCGCUGGUGUCUAACAUUCGUAAGAGUGACUCCACAGAGAGCAGUCUGACCCUGCACUGGUCAGUCCCAGCUCAACCACACUACAACAUCCUACAGUACCAGCUACGCUACUGUGAGAAGGAGAGACGAAGUGAUGAUCAGUGCUUCUACACAGAGAGCAACAAAAACCAGGUCGUGCUGACGAAUCUCCGCAGGGCCACUCAGUAUGAAGUGCAGGUUCGGGUACGCACCUUAGCGGGUUAUGGCAGCUUCAGUCCUGCAGCCAUCUUCCACACCCUGCCUGAUGGACAUGACUCUGCCACUCAGUUCUUGGUACCUGGCAUCCUUAUCGCUGUGGGGAUGCUGCUACUUGUCACUUUCGUCUUUGUGGCCGCCUACUGCAUUCGCCGACACAGCCGAAUAAAGGAUCCCGAGCUGAGUGACAAAAACAGCCAGUACCUCACUGGCCAAGGGGUCAAGGUUUAUAUCGACCCUUUCACCUAUGAGGACCCUAAUGAGGCGGUGCGAGAAUUUGCCAAGGAAAUUGAUGUUUCCUUUGUCAAGAUAGAGGAGGUCAUUGGUGCUGGCGAGUUUGGGGAGGUGUGUCGAGGAAGGCUGAAGAUUCCAGGAAAAAAAGAGAACUACGUUGCAAUUAAGACUCUGAAGGGAGGCUACACGGAGAAGCAGAGAAGGGACUUCCUUUCAGAGGCGUCCAUCAUGGGACAGUUCCAGCACCCUAACAUCAUCCACCUUGAGGGAAUCAUCACUGCCAGCUGUCCAGUCAUGAUUCUUACAGAGUUUAUGGAGAACGGAGCACUGGACUCUUUUCUACGGAUGAAUGACUGCCAGUUCACUCCCAUCCAGCUGGUGGGUAUGUUGCGCGGCAUCGCCUCUGGCAUGAAAUAUCUGGCAGAGAUGAGCUAUGUCCACAGGGACCUGGCUGCUCGCAACAUCCUCAUCAACAGCAACUUAGUGUGCAAGGUGUCUGACUUUGGCUUGUCACGCUUCCUGCAGGAGAACUCCUCUGACCCAACCUACACCAGCUCUCUGGGCGGUAAGAUCCCUAUUCGCUGGACAGCACCUGAGGCAAUAGCCUUCAGAAAGUUUACUUCAGCCUCAGAUGUGUGGAGCUAUGGCAUUGUAAUGUGGGAGGUCAUGUCUUUUGGAGAGAGACCCUACUGGGACAUGAGCAACCAGGAUGUAAUCAAUGCCAUAGAGCAAGAUUACCGGCUGCCCCCACCACCUGAUUGCCCCACCCACCUGCACCAGCUGAUGUUGGACUGCUGGCAGAAGGACCGCUCAGCGCGUCCUCGAUUUGCAGACCUUGUUAGCGCACUGGACAAACUGAUCCGCAACCCUGCAUCACUGAAAAUAGUGGCUCAAGAAGGAGCAGGGCCGUCCUACCCCCUGCUGGACCAGCGAGCACCUUUAACCCUCUCCCCAUGCGCUUCAGUUGGGGAAUGGCUGAGGGCCAUCAAGAUGGAACGCUAUGAGGACAGCUUCCUGCAGGCUGGCUUCAACUCAGUGGACCAGCUGGCACAAAUCACCACACAGGAUCUGCUACACAUGGGAGUAACUUUGGCUGGGCAUCAGAGAAAAAUCCUUUCCAGCAUUCAGACAAUAACCUUUCAGAGCAAGAACACUACAACUGUGACUUUCUAGCUGACUUGUCUUCUAGCCUGAAUGUGAACACAGCACACAGAUGUGAAGCCAUGUCCUGAGAGCGUUCUGAAUCCUCUCCUCUAACCUACUUUAACCUACUUUGACUUUAAAAAAAAAGAUGGGAGAAUAUAUUCAGAACCAUGGAAAAGAAAAAUAAACAUCAGUGGACAAGAAUGACUGAUGAGACUUGUCCAAAGACUGGCAGGAAACCAGUCACCUGGAGUGACCAGGUGAUAAAGUCAUGCAGUUUGACUCUGCCUCACUUCUACAGUUUGUGUUUAGUAUUUUUACAUCUACCAAGUAUUGGACCCGAAACAUGUGCCAAACCAAGAGGAGCGACAGAUCAGUCUUUACAGUUUCUCUAGUUUCUCACCCUUUUGAAAAUUUUUGAAAAUUGCUGUUCCAAACUGUCACUUUGACUUUUAACCAAAGGAGAAAAGACAAAAAAAUAUGCUAAUCUAAUUUUUUUUUUUUUUGUAUAUUGUUGUGUAAUUAGGAAUAAGGACUGCUUUCAUUCUUGGUAUCUUACAUUAAUCCAUCUGGAUUGCAUUACUUCACAGUUUAUGCCAAGACUGAACAUUGUAAGUGAGAUUUUAUACAUUUUUCCCCAUUUGGUUUAAACAUUACCUCCUCUUUACUCAGGUGUGAUGUGUAAUGCAGACUUUGGAGAAUGCUGUUCUUGCUAUAGUAAUACUCCUCAUCUUCCUUAGUCUGGCUCUCUCUCCACCAGAUCAGCAAUGUAUGAGGAGAAAAAAAAGGCAUAGAAACACAUCAGCACUUUUAUCAUUUCAGAGUGAAUUGUUAUCUUCAGUGAUUCCAUGCGUUUCUCUUGGGCUGUUUUUCUUUUGGAUGUUUGUGCUGGCAGCUCACAAUAAUUAUAAUCGGACUAAACAAGGACCAAAUGGACUCAGAGACCAGAGAAUGCUGUAGAUUUGGAAGCUAUCUGGCCUCAACAUGUUUUUUUUUUUUGUUUUGUUUUGUUUUGUUUUUUUUGUAUUACUGAUACUUUUUUUAAAUACUCUUGUUCUGUAUUCUCCAUUUCCCAGUGCCAUUCGUUUGUUUUUGUGGUCUUAAAUGACAAUUUUAUAAAGCAGGGAUGUCGCCUGAGUCAUUCACUUUGUCUCAUUUAAAUGUAUCUGAAAAUGUUAUUUUUAAAAAGUAAAAGGUCAUUUUAAGGCAUUUAAAUGGACAUUUUAUUAUGUUUUCUUUAUUAGUUGUCUGCUGUGGUCAGCAGAAUGUUUUUGCUUUUUGAGCUGUCCUGGAACGGUAGUAGCUAUGGCUUCAGCUAGCAUGCUGUAAUAGUAUUUCAGAGUGGGAUGCAACACUGUUUAACUAGCCAACACACAUCUUCAUAUUAUUGUUUGAAUAUUAUUUUGUGUCUUUCAAUUGUUGCUCAUUUGCAAUAACACAUAAGAUUCAGUUUUCACUUUUUACCAGCUACAAGCUAGCUGGCAGCUAACGGGUCGCUGGUGAAAGGAAGCUAAAUUAUAGCAUCCAUCUUCUCUCCCUCUACAGAGCUGGAUUAUUUUCCUUGUUCAGAUGCUGGUUCUUUGAUAGUCAGAAUGUUGUUCUUUGGUAAUGAAAAAAAUGCACAGCUCAUGUUUCUAUGAGGAACUGUUAGCAAGUGGAAUGCUAACAAAUCUGGUUAACCCCUACCCAGCCUUUUUGAGUUGCAUGUUGAAUGUUGAAAAGUUGCUAAACCAACCGCUAAAAUUCAGCACACACAACCCCAUUGUAAAAAAUGUUGAGACAUGAAAAAGAAUACAACUAUUUUUGUCAUCUGUCAGGAUACUGUUGAUGCUAACUGAGAUAUACAGAUUGGAGUAACAUAUUCUUCCAUUCAGAAGCCAUCAAAUGGCCCUGAAAUCAUUUUGUUUUCAAAGCCACAGUAAUAGUUUCAGCUCCAAAAUGCUUAAUGUUAAGCAACAAAGUGGUAAACAUACCACUAACAAGUUUUCUGGCAUUCAAAAUAACUUAAAACUGAAAAAGAUUUCUCAGUUUUAAUUAUUUGAACUGUUUCCAAUAGAGUAGAGGUUAAGCAUUUCUAGAUAACUGCACCGUGUCCCGACUUAAAUGGAAACAGGGUUGCAUGUUGAAUUUAAAGUCCAUUUGAAAACCUUUUCAAUAUGGUUUAACUUGUCCAACAUUAUAUUUUUAAGAACUGUUUCCUUGUAAUGUUGUCUUUUUGUUUAUUUUUCAAUUGUUGACUCAUAUCUAAAAGAAACAAACAAACAAACAACUAAAUACUUUCUUGCUAAGAAGAGAUCCCAUUUCUACUUGUUUUAGCUCUUCAGUAAUUUCUGCCAUAUGUGAUAGCGUUAUAAGGUUUGAAGAGGUUUAACGUGCAAUUUAGCUUACUGGCAUUCAAGAGUAAUUAAAACAUCAUGAUUAUAAUUGAUUAAGAAGUGAGGUUCUGUUUAUGACCAAAAGCAUUAAGUCCAGUUAUUAUGGCAGGACUUGGGGG